AUGCAAACCAUUUUUCUACGGAAAAAGUCGUCAGAUGUUCCAAUCCCCUACCUGGUGGGCCAGGAGACUGUGUUUGUCAGACUUCUGACCGUUGAUCAACCUGGUAUGAGAGACUCUGUGAGUGUCGCUCGUUGGAUCACUGAGGUACGCAAACCGCCACACAACGGAUAUUCUCCUAGUUUGGUUGCUGCUAAUCUUGUGGAUUCUCAGACGAAAGAUAUUCGGUUCAUUCGGUUAUGCUCAAACCAGUGUUCAGUUGUCUGCAUUGAAAAUGAGGAGUGCAGUUCGCAGUUUGUUGGCCUCAGUCGAGUUCACAUGCAGCGACAUGUCGAAUGGUGUGUACCUUUCACUGAUGCUGAAAAACAAAGCAUUCUUACCACAUUUGUUUGUCUUAUACAACUCGUGUUCUCCGACAAACAUCAGGUGUACCAGCGAAUCCUCCUACUAAUUUACAACAAUAGAAAUGUGGAUCAGUAA